AUGCGCCAUCGUACCUCCAACCAUAUUCAUUCACUCGUUAGUGUGAAAGUUAGUUCGCUGAAGGUAAAGAACAUCAUCGAGAAUUGUGCUGAAAAGAUAGCUAAGCCAACUGCCAUACCAUCAGUUAAAAGGAGCAAAAAAUUGAGUAAGAAUGAAAAUGUUAGAUCACUAGGAUUAGACAGUGUCGAAUUUUGGUCCUCACUUAACGUAAGCUCAAACUUGGAGUAUGGACAACCCACUAAAAAGAAAAUUAAUCAUGUCAAUCACUUUUUUAAUAGUGCUGCAGUUACUUAUGAAUGGAGUGAAAGUCAUUUAAGUGAUGAGGCAUUUUUGACGUCUGCAAUUUCCUCUUCCAAAGGUAAGGUUCUGCCUGAAAUAGCUUUCCUUGGUCGAUCAAAUGCUGGUAAAUCAACUUUAUUGAAUAGUUUGAUAACCAGCUUCAAGAAAAAUGAUCUAAAUGUCGCAGCAAGAAUGUCGAAUAAGCCAGGUUUUACUGAGGCGCUAAAUUUCUACAAUAUUGGAGAUAAGUUUCGCCUUGUCGAUACGCCUGGGUACGGUUACAAGAGCACCGAUAAUCAGGGGCAUUUCACCAUGCAUUAUCUUACUAGGAGGCAGGAACUAGUAAGAUGCUAUCUCUUGAUACCGGCUAACCAUGGAAUUCUCCCGUCAGACUUGCUAGUGAUGAAUUCCUUAAUGGACAUUGGUAGACCGUUUGAGAUAGUCUUCACUAAAAUUGAUAAAGUGAAAGAUCUAAACAAAUUCAGAGAGGUGUUGGAUGAAAGCAAAAUAAAAGAACUCGCCACACUUCCGAGAUUAAUCUUCACAAACUCUCUGUUAUCGAGAAGAUGCCCGAAGAGGGUGGGUGUUGACCACUUAAGAUAUUCUAUCUUUGAAAGCUGCAAAUUGACUUAG